UUGGAAAGCCUUUUCCGUAAAACCUCUUUAAAACCCUAUCAUUUCUAAGUCCUCACUAGCACGAAACCUCGAGCCGAGCUCUAGGUUUCAGCUUGGGGGUCCGAUUUUCCCAAGGAUUUUGCAGCAAAAUGGCGAAGACGACGUAUGCCAUGGGUUUAAUUUCCGCCAUUGCAGCCUCUGCGUCUUUAUCUCAAAAUCACUCUGCCUAUGCCGAUGGCCCCUUCAACUUCCCUCCCUUUUCCUCUUCUCCUGCCGCCAAUGUUCCUCACCCUUCUCCUGCUCCACAAUCUUCAUCACCUGGUUCUUCGAUUGCUGCUAGUGCUAAUUCUGAGCCGUCUGCGCCAAAGCCUCGUAAUGAUAAUCCGAGGACGUCGUCAUCUGGGUUUGAUCCGGAAGCGCUCGAGCGUGGUGCCAAAGCUCUCAGAGAGAUUACUAGCUCUUCGCAUGCCAAGAAGGCUUUUGAAGUCAUGAAGAAGCAAGAAGAGACAAGACAAGUAGAGUUGCAGGCAAAGGUUGCUGAGUUUAAAGCAAUGCAAGCACAAGCUGAAACAGAAAGACAAAGGGUUAUAUACGAUGAGCAGAAGAAGUUGGCUCAGCAUCAAGCACAGACUAAAUCCCAAAUGGCACGGUACGAGGAUGAGUUGGCAAGGAAGAGGAUGCAGGCAGAAAAUGAGUAUCAAAGAGCCAGGAAUCAAGAGCUUGUAAAACUACAAGAAGAGUCAUCAAUUCGGCAAGAGCAAGCACGUCGAGCUACUGAAGAACAAAUUCAAGCCCAAAGACGGCAAACAGAGAGGGAGAAGGCUGAGAUAGAGCGUGAGACCAUCAGAGUUAGGGCAAUGGCAGAAGCAGAAGGAAGAGCCCAUGAGGCAAAACUUGCUGAAGAGGUAAACAGGCGAAUGCUAGUUGAUCGUGCAAAUGCAGAGAGAGAAAAAUGGAUUGCCGCAAUUAAUACUACUUUUGAUCAUAUUGGAGGAGGUUUGAAGGCCAUUUUGACUGAUCAAAAUAAAUUGGUAGUUGCUGUUGGUGGAGUUACUGCAUUAGCUGCAGGCAUUUACACGACAAGGGAAGGUGCGAAGGUGAUUUGGAGCUAUGUGGAUAGAAUAUUAGGUCAGCCAUCAUUGAUUAGAGAGUCCUCUCGAGGAAAGUACCCUUGGUCAGGGUUGCUCUCACGUAUCAAGGGCACUGUAUCACAUUCAGAUAAGAUGUCUUCCUCUAAAAAGGGAAAUGGGUUUGGAGAUGUAAUUUUACACCCUUCACUUCAGAAGCGGAUAGAACAUCUAGCAAAUGCAACUGCAAAUACAAAGUCUCAUCAGGCUCCAUUUCGGAAUAUGCUUUUCUAUGGCCCCCCUGGAACAGGAAAGACAAUGGCUGCUAGAGAGCUAGCUCAGAAAUCUGGUCUGGAUUAUGCAUUAAUGACAGGAGGAGAUGUUGCUCCUCUGGGAUCACAAGCUGUUACUAAGAUACACCAGUUAUUUGAUUGGGCUAAGAAAUCGCGAAAGGGCUUACUGCUUUUCAUUGAUGAAGCAGAUGCAUUUUUAUGCGAGCGAAACAAAACAUACAUGAGUGAAGCCCAAAGAAGUGCACUCAAUGCUCUUCUUUUUCGCACUGGUGACCAGUCAAAGGAUAUUGUUCUUGCUCUUGCUACAAAUCGCCCUGGUGAUCUUGAUUCAGCUGUUGGUGAUCGUAUUGAUGAAGUCCUAGAAUUCCCCUUGCCCAGGGAAGAGGAACGCUUCAAGCUCUUGAAGCUCUAUCUAGAAAAGUAUAUAGCAAAUGCUGGAUUGAGGAAGUCUGGUUUGUUCCAAAACCUUUUUAAAGGACAACAAAAGAAGAUCGAGAUCAAAGGGUUGACUGAUGAUAUUGUACGUGAAGCAGCUGCAAAAACUGAAGGAUUUUCAGGGAGAGAAAUAGCAAAGUUGAUGGCAAGUGUACAAGCUGCUGUUUACGGUAGUGAGACGUGUGUUCUUGAUCCGAGCCUAUUUCGUGAGGUGGUAGAUUAUAAGGUUGCAGAACAUCAACAGAGAAGGAAACUUGCUGCAUCAGAAGGCAGUGUGCAAAAUUGAAGGUGAAAAGAUUUCAGCCCUUGAGAUUGAUCAUCUCAAUCGACCAUUUUGUACAACAUAUACAAAGGAUUGCAGUUUUUAAAGUGGGAUAAGUAAAUUUUGGAGUCAUUGAACUAUAAAAUAUUUGAAUUCUUUUAAAUUUCAAGAAGCAAGGUCCGAGAGGAAAAUGCGAAAAAAUUAUUGAGCUUUUCAUGGAUUUAUCAAAAGAGGGCAGAUAUGAUAUUUUACAAGUUCAUCUUUGCAAAGAUGAGAUUGUAAAAAUACAAAGGUUUCCAAAUAUGGAUAUAGAGAUGAGAUUUGUGAGAAUGUUGCAAUCGAUGUCUAAUUACGG